UGUCGCGCCUAUAAACAACUCCGCACCUUGCCGACCUAUCUGGGUUAAAAUAUAGUAAGUGAUCAUUAUCCAUUUGAGUAUCCGACCAACCCCUCUCUCUGUCAGCUGAACAAGAAACGCACCGAACAUCCAGAAAACAAGUGAACUUGUUAUCGGAACACGCAGAGAAGAGGAGAGAGAAAGAGAGAUAUGGCGACAAUGGAGGCAGACCAGAAGACGGUAAAGCAAGGUGAAGGACUACGACAGUACUACCUUCAGCACAUCCAUGAACUUCAGCUUCGUGUUCGCAACAAAAACCACAAUCUUCAGCGUCUUGAAGCUCAGCGUAACGACCUCAAUUCCCACGUUAGAGCACUGAAAGAGGAGCUACAAUUACUUCAAGAACCAGGCUCAUAUGUUGGUGAAGUUGUCAAAGUGAUGGGAAAGUCCAAGGUUCUUGUCAAAGUGCAUCCAGAAGGGAAAUAUGUUGUUGAUAUUGAUAAGAAUAUUGACAUCACUAAGCUCACACCCACUACGCGAGUUGCAUUACGGAAUGACAGCUAUGUCCUGCAUCUGGUAUUGCCAAGUAAAGUAGACCCUCUGGUCAAUCUUAUGAAAGUUGAGAAAGUUCCUGAUUCUACAUAUGACAUGAUUGGUGGUCUUGACCAACAAAUCAAAGAGAUUAAAGAGGUGAUUGAACUACCAAUAAAACAUCCAGAAUUGUUUGAGAGUCUUGGCAUUGCUCAACCAAAGGGUGUCCUCCUUUAUGGUCCUCCUGGAACUGGCAAAACCUUAUUAGCAAGAGCUGUUGCUCACCAUACAGAUUGUACUUUCAUCAGGGUAUCAGGAUCUGAGUUAGUUCAGAAGUACAUCGGUGAAGGAUCUCGGAUGGUCAGAGAACUUUUUGUGAUGGCCAGAGAGCAUGCUCCAUCAAUUAUUUUUAUGGAUGAGAUUGAUAGUAUAGGGUCUACUAGAAUGGAGUCUGGUUCUGGUAAUGGUGAUAGUGAAGUUCAACGAACAAUGCUGGAGCUUCUCAACCAACUCGACGGUUUUGAAGCAUCCAACAAGAUCAAGGUUCUGAUGGCUACAAAUCGAAUUGAUAUUCUAGAUCCAGCUCUUCUGAGGCCGGGAAGAAUUGAUAGGAAGAUUGAGUUCCCGAAUCCCACUGAAGAGUCACGUUUUGACAUCUUAAAAAUUCAUUCAAGAAGAAUGAACUUAAUGCGAGGAAUCGAUCUUAAGAAGAUUGGAGAUAAAAUGAAUGGUGCAUCUGGUGCAGAACUUAAGUCGGUUUGUACCGAAGCAGGCAUGUUUGCUCUGAGGGAGAGAAGAAUUCAUGUAACACAAGAAGACUUUGAAAUGGCAGUGGCCAAGGUUAUGAAGAAGGACACAGAUAAAAACAUGUCCCUACGAAAGCUGUGGAAGUAGAACAAAAAGGUCCUUGUGAUUUACGGGGGAUUGGUGAACUGGUAGUAGAAUGAAACAUACCCCACGUUGCAUUUGGUAUCCAUUAAUCCUAGCUGUUAAGUUCUUUUCCCUUUCCUUACUUUGUACCUCCUUUGUACUUGUAACUUUGUAAGGCACUACGUUGUAUUUACCAACACGCUGAACUGUUACACUUACACCUAGGUGUAUGUAUGUAGUUCCAAUAUACACCCCGAAUAAAAAUUUACUGCUUCUUAUAUCCCAAAA